CCAAGAGAAGCAGCUUAAAACCGAAUAGCUCCACCAGAAUGACCAGCAAUCACACAGACUGUCAUUACUGCCUGCAGUCUCUUCGUGGGAGGAAGUAUGCAUUGAGAGAAGAAAACGCUUAUUGUGUUACAUGUUAUGACAGCCUGUUUGCCAACUCCUGUGAAGAAUGCAAGCAACCCAUAGAGUGUGAUUCCAAGGAUCUGGCCUACAAAGGCCGCCACUGGCACGAGGGGUGCUUCAAGUGUGCCAAAUGCAGUCGCUCGCUGGUGGAGAAACCCUUUGCUGCCAAGGAUGAGCUCUUGCUGUGUACUGGAUGCUACUCUGAUGAGUAUUCAUCUAAGUGUUUCCACUGCCAGAAGACCAUUAUGCCUGGUUCCCGUAAAAUGGAAUUUAAGGGAAGUUCCUGGCAUGAAUCCUGUUUUGUUUGCCAGUAUUGCCGGCAACCGUUGGGAACAAAACCAUUGAUCACCAAAGACAAUGAGAAUUACUGUGUGCCCUGUUUUGAGAAGCGAUUUGCUCACCAUUGUUACUCUUGCAAAAAGGUAAUAACUUCUGGCGGAGUGACCUACCAUGACCAGCCUUGGCAUAAAGAAUGCUUUGUGUGUGCUGGAUGUAAAACCCAGCUGUCUGGACAAAGGUUUAUUUCCAAAGACGAGUAUCCAUACUGUGUAGACUGUUUCAGCAAAUUAUAUGCUAAGAAGUGUGCUGCUUGCAAAAAACCUAUUACAGCUCUCGGAGGUGCCAAAUUUGUCUCAUUUGAAGAGCGCCAGUGGCAUGGGGAAUGCUUUAACUGUGUGAAAUGCUCUGUCUCACUGGUGGGCCAGGGAUUCCUCACUCAGCAGGAUGAUGUCCUUUGUCAUGAAUGUGGCUCUGCUUCAUAGUUCCGUGGAGAGCUGUACAGCUGCUUUAUUCUCACUCUGUAACAAUGUAUUUCAUUACUCUGCAGUAAGAAAACCAUAUAAAAUGUAUAACAGUUAUUUAGUCAUUCAAAUAACCUUCCAACAGCAGUUUAAUUCUAUCAUAGUUCUCAACUGCUUAUAAAAAAAUUAAACAUACCCAGGCUGGUUAAGAAAAUAAUGCAGAAAAGAUUCAUGUAUAUUUUAAAUCUAACUACAGUAUGUUUCUCCUUGUAACACACUGCACUCUGCUGUUAGAAACUUUAAAAUUUACAUUUCAUCUCCCAUGAACCAAGGAGGAUUGUGAAAAGUCUAUAUGGCAUAUGACUAAUGAUGAAGCAUUAGCACUGC